AUGGACACCCCCGCGGUACCCAUGCCGCGCGAUGCCGGCGAGCUCGCCAUUCUCCAGCGCCUCGCCGAGAUUCGUGACCAGCUUCUCCUCCUCAAGCAAGACAGAACCACAUAUAUCCGCAGCCAAGAUAUCAUACCUCUCUACGACCAGACCAUUGCCCAGGUCAAAGAACUCAAUGCCAUCCGUGCAGAGACGGGCGCAACGGAUGAGAACAGAGUGGACAAAGUGCUCGAGGGCUGCUUCCAGCUCCUCUCACUCUUCUACCUCACAAUCGGCCGCAACGAAGAGGCCCCCGCUACAUAUGCCCUUACGUCAACGAUCAAGAGACUACUCGACCACCUCAUGGAGGCCAACCUGUACUCGGCUAAGGACCUUGAGAGCCUCCAAGCGACACUCGAGCAACUAUCCACCAACAUUAUCCGCUCGAGCAGAGAUGACACCCCGGGCCCUCAGCACUCACCAUACCUGCUGGAGCUUCUGUCGAAGCGUGUCGAGCGAUGCAGUGCGACACUGGCCAAACUGCAGAAACGCCUCAGCACCCUCGACGAUGCCUCACUCCCCACAUACGAAAAGAUGAUUUCCAUCCUCCGUUCUAUUUCCUACGCUAAUACCCGAUCCAAGUUCUCCCCAAGCGAAGUUCAGAAGCUGCAGAAGCAGUUGCACGAGAUUGGCGAGAAGAACAACGGCGGAAAGUUCUGCAUUGCCGGCUCCGAGUCGCCAGGGGCAGCAACAAUGCAAGAGGUUUAUGAUAAAUGCUCUCGAUGGUCCGAAAUCGUGCUAGAACGGCAUGUAUCCCGUUUCAGAGACAAAAGAUUGAUUUCUAACAGUCCAUGCAGAAAGGGCGAUGUUCCCGAAACCUUUCGUGAAACAUACCGCACACUCGUCGGCAUUCGCAAUGAGCUGGAGAAGCUCUCCCUCACACAAGCCUGGUCGCUGCGCGAGACGGACCUGUACGACUUUCAGCGCAAACUCGACAAAAUUGAUGAAAGUCGGCAAAAUGGUAACUUUUUCGACCACAAGGAGCGCCCCGCCGAUCUGUGGACGCAGCGCACUAUGCUGUACUUGAUUCGACGAAGCUACGCUUAUAUCUACUCCUUCAUCCUGUCGUCAGAGCCGGUCUCUGAGGCGCUCUUGCCCGUCUACAACCAGCUCCAGACUCUGAAGCGCUGCUUAAUUGAGGUCAAGAACAACGGCGGCGUGUCGUCUGUUCGGGAGCUCUAUCCUUAUAGCAUGAAGCUCGCUUCCUUGGAUAAUAUGCGCGUAGAUGGCAAAUUCGUCGUAAAUGGCGAUAUCCCCGAGGGACAAAGCAGUGUUUCUGAACUUCUUGCUGAGUGUUUCGACUUGAACUACGACCUGCGAGUGGCUGCGGACGAAGACGUUUCCAGCACAGCGCAGUGCGACACCAUUUCGUAA